AGCAUGAACCGCUACAAGAUCACCAAACAACUGGGAGAUGGCACCUACGGGUCCGUCUUACGGGCCGUCAACCGCCAGACCGGCGAGGUCACGGCCAUCAAGAAGAUGAAGAAGAAGUUCUACACGUGGGAGGAGUGCAUGCAGCUCCGCGAGGUGAAAUCACUGAAGAAGCUGAACCACCCGAACAUCGUCAAGCUGAAGGAGGUGAUACGGGAGAACGACGAGUUGUUCUUCGUCUUCGAGUACAUGGAGAUGAAUCUGUACGAGGUGAUGAAGAAGCGCGAGCGCCACUUCCCCGAAAGCAAGAUAAGGAACGUCAUGUACCAGAUCUUCCAGGGCCUGGCCUUCAUGCACAAGCACGGCUUCUUCCACCGGGACAUCAAGCCGGAGAACAUGCUGGUGAAGGGCGACACGUGCAAGGUCGCCGACUUCGGACUGGCGCGCGAGAUCCGGUCGCGGCCGCCCUACACGGACUACGUGUCCACGCGGUGGUACCGCGGGCCCGAGGUCCUGCUGCGGUCCGUGAACUACAAUUCGCCCAUCGACCAGUGGGCCUGCGGCUGCAUCAUGGCGGAGCUGUUCACGCUCCGGCCGCUCUUUCCCGGGUCGAGCGAAGCCGACAUGAUCUACAAGAUCUGCUCCGUGCUCGGGUCGCCGUCCGUCGCCGACUGGCCCGAGGGCCAGAAGCUCGCGUCGCAGAUGAACUUCCGCUUCCCGCAGUUCGUGCCGACGCACCUGUCGAUCAUCAUCCCGAACGCGUCGCCGGAGGCCAUAUCGCUGAUGGAAGAUUUGAUGCGGUUCGACCCCCAGAAGCGGCCGGGCGCCUCGCAGACGCUCCAGUACCCCUUCUUCCAGGUCAACGCGUCGCUGCCGCCGCCGCAGCCGGCGCCCGUCGCGGCCCCCGUCGCGGGCACGCCGCAGCGGCCCCAGUCGCGCCACGCCGGCGCGAAGCCGAAGCUCGAGCGGCCCAAGUCGCGCCACUCCGGCGCCAAGCCGGCCAAGCCCCUGACGAAGUCCCCCGAGCCCGACAUUCUCGACGACGCCUUCGCGCUCGGCGUCGGCGGGCCCUCGGAGAAGCCCCCCAAGCUCCCGAUGCAGGGCUCGGCCGCGCAGAACGCCCAGCCGGACCCCUUCGCGGACCCCUUCUCCUCGCCGGCCAAGAAGGCGUCCUUUUCCGACCCCUUCGCGUCCUCGCCAAAGAAGGCGUCCUUCCAGGACCCCUUCGCGCCGCCCGUGCAGAAAAAGCCGUCCCUUCACGACCCGUUCAACGUGGGCGUGGCGCCCAAAUCUAAUUUUCAGGACCCGUUCGCGGACCCGUUCGCGGCGCCGGCGGCGAAGAAGCAGUCGUUCGCCGAUCCCUUCGGCGCGCCGGCGGCGAAGAAGGCGUCCUUUAGCGACCCCUUCGCGGCGGCGGCGCCGAAGGCGGCGGACCCCUUCGCGGAGCCCCUCUUCGGGGGCGGCGGCGCCGCGGCGGCGUACGGCGGCGGGGGCGCCGCGUCGCCGGGCGGCGUGUCGCGCUACGCGCGCAACGCGCGCUACGGCCCCGGCCUGAACUCCGGGGGGAGCGCCAAGAAGAAGUCGCCGGGCAGCGGCAAGAAGGAGAAGCGGCGGUCGGCCUACGCGCCCUUGAACUUCCGCGCGAAGCCGGACCCCUUCGCCGCCGCCGCCGCCGCCGAGCCGGACGACGGCCUCGAGCUGGGCCUGCGGCCCUACGGCGGCUUCGGCGGCCAGCGCGCGCUCGGCCGCGGCGGCCUCGGCGGCGGCGGCCUCGGCGGCGGCGGCGACGCGCUCGACCAGCUCGGCGGCGGCGGCUUCCCGGCCGCGCGGCGGCCGAGCAACGGCUUCGGCGGCGGCGGCUCGAAGUUCGGCGGCGGCGGCGGCUUCGGCUUUGGCGGCGGCGGCGGCGGGCUCGGGGGCGGCGACGCGGGCUUCGGCGGCACGGGCGGCCUCGGCGGCGGGCUCGGCGGUGGCGGGCUCGGCGGCGGCGGCCUCGGCCGGCGGCGGCGCGGCGGCGCCCUCGGCGCCGCGCGGGGCGGCGGCGGCGGCGGAGGUUUCGGCGGCGGCUUCGGCGGCGGGCGACACCGGUUCUAG